AUGAAACGCUAUUUCACGGAGCACAGGGUAGAACAGUCACCCACAGAUGGCACCAGCCUCAGCUUGGCCAGCCCGGAGUCCAUGGAAGAGGGCAUGGAAGUGUGCUGGUCAGGGGCCAUAAAAAGAGAGCAGACAUCUCCACGGCCCGGACCGGCCAUUCCCCAUGAGGAUGACGUCUACUUGGCCAGCAAGGCUCAGGCAAUGCUAAGCUGGAGCAGCUCUCUGUCCUCCCAGUCCUCCUCCGAGUACCAGUCCUACUCCCAGUACCAGUCUUGUUACUCCUGCGCAUAUGACGACGAGGAUGCCGCCCAGCAGAGCGUGUGCGCCUUCUACACCCACGUGCAGACCGUGCAGGGCGUGGCCGUGGCCUGGGAGACCGAGACGGGCUUCGAACCGGUCAGCAGGAAGCCCCGCAUCCAUGAAGCUGAGUUCAUCAAGAGGCAGAGGAGGAAAGGCUCCUCCUUCGAGAUGGCUUCCAACACCGACCUGCACUGGGAACUGGAAGCCAGCAAGAACGACUGCUGCCCAGAGGAGGAUGACUCGGAGCUGCUGGGGUCCCUCGAGUGCUGCCUGCAGGAGCUGCGGGACACCCCGGACUGGCUGGUCACCACGAACUAUGGGCUGCGCUGCGUGGCCUGCUGUCGGGUCUUCCCCACGUUGGAGGCUCUGCUCAAGCAUGCCCAGUAUGGCAUCCAGGAGGGCUUCAGCUGCCAGAUCUUUUUCGAGGAGAUGCUGGAGAGAAGGCGGGCCCGGGGCCAAGUUCAGGAGCAACAGCUGGAGGAGGAGGAACAGAGCCCUUCGGAAGGCAGUGAAUGUUCCAGGCCGCAUGCCAGGGUGCUUCCCUCGCGGCAGCAGAAGCAGUGA